ACCUUCCGGCGGAAAAAAGUGGAGGCUUCCGGCGCGGUCUCCAUGGGAGCUGAAGAUGGCGCUGGGAAGGAUCGCCGUCAAAGUGGCCGAUCAGCCGUUGGCCCCCAAGGUGUCGCUGGCUUUACCCGAGGAGCUGCAGCAGGGACCCGGGGGCGGAGUCCGUAUCUCAGCGCUCAAAGAGCUGAUCGCUCAAAAACUGCCCGGAUCAGCCGCCGCCCCGGAGCUGAUCGACCUUGUUUACUGUGGACGGAAGCUGAAGGAUGAGCAAACCUUGGAUUUUUACGGAAUUCAGGGUGGAUCCACAAUACACGUGUUAAAGAAAUCCUGGCCCGAACCUGAUGAAAAGACCGAGCCGGUGGACCGGGCUGCAGCAGCUCGGGAAUUCCGUGUGCUCCAGACAGCCCUGCACGCCAGCCCAGGAUACAGAGAUGCAGUCUUCAAAAUGCUGGGGAACAAGGAAUCACUUGACCAGAUUAUUGUGGCUACACCAGGACUUUCCAGUGAUCCUAUCGCUUUAGGUGUGCUGCAAGACAAGGAUUUGUUUGUCCUCUUCACUGACCCAAGCCUGCUAGAUACUUUGAUUUCCUCGCACCCUGCACUGGUCAACGCAAUGGUGUUAGUGUUACACUCUGUGGCUGGAGCUGCACCCCCUCCGUCUUCUGCCAGUAACUCUCGCAACUUACCAUCCAGCUCCUACAGUGACAUGCCGGGUGGAUUUCUCUUUGAGGGUCUCUCUGAUGAUGAAGAUGAGUUUCAGCAGAACACAAGGUCCGGCCCUUCCUCCAGCAACGUGUCUGGCUCCCGUCCCGCCACUUUGGGCUACAGCGGCUCUGUUGGGCCACGACCCAUUACGCAAAGCGAGCUCGCUACCGCCCUGGCACUGGCCAGUACCCCUGAGAGCAGCGCUGCUACACCAACCCCUGGAACACAGGGUACCUCGUCCAGCUUGUCACCUGUACUCGGCUCCGGACUGCCCUCAGCCACUCCAAUCAGUCAUGACAUCUUCAGCCAGGCUCUCCAACAGGCUCUCCAAGCAUCCAGUAUCUCAGCACUUCAGAAUCAGUGGCAGCCACAGCUUCAGCAACUGAGGGACAUGGGCAUCCAGGAUGACGAACUGAGCCUGAGGGCAUUGCAGGCAACUGGAGGCGACAUCCAGGCUGCCCUCGAGCUCAUAUUUGCUGGUGGAGCACAGUAAUCCUAUCACACAAGGAAAACCCUUCUUUAGCAAAUGCGUAUCUCACGUUUCACAUUAUGCACAGCAGAGUGGUUUGAUCUGAUGUGGUGCUUUGUGCGAGCAAUGUAAUAUGCUAUGCUUCCCGCAAGAUGAUUGUUAAAAACAAUUCAGCAUUAUAGGUAUUCACGUUUACUGGGCUUAACAACAGGUAAAGGACUUCCACUAACUUGGUUCCAGUAUAUGAGCUGUUAUAAACUGGAAAGAUGCAGUGUGUGUUUCUCUUAUAUGUUCGGAAACAAUAAAAGUUCAGAGAGCCUUGAUACUCCAUUGUAUAAGAGUUUAGCAGCCAACAUCGUUACAUUGAGCUCUGCAGAGGAUCCUUGUAAAUAGGAAUAUUUUAAUAUAUUAAAACAAAACCGGUUCCUGAAAUUCA